CGGAAGUAAACUGGUUAAAUUGCGACAUGAAACUAAAUAAACAUUAUUGGAAUAAAGUCAUAAACAUUGUAUGUGAAUAAAUGAAUUAUGCCUACAAUUUUCAAAUUUGGAAUUCUGCUGGCAGUUUUCAGGAUUGAAUGCUUUGAGUUAUUGGUCAAACAAAUUCCUAAUCCAGCCAAUGAACACGACAACGUCACACUCCGUGCAAGAUACUCAGGAUUUCAGGAGACAGAAUACCCGAGUUUUCUUGAAUGGUAUAUAUCAUCUUUAAGACGUUUCGAAAGGAUACGUUUACCAGAGUGUACGGUUUUUGGCUUUAUUGAUAAAAACGCGUACAGCUUUUCAUGCUCCGAAGGCGAGUUAACAUGGACUAUACUCAACGUCAGUCGAUCUCAGCAUGAUCAGAUAUGGAGCUGUACUUUAACCACAAGUUUCAGGUCUAUUGAUGUAGAACUGGCCUUAAAACUGCAAGUUGAAGUUUCGGCUGUGCAGUUAACGAAGCCAACGGAAACUGAAGUGAUAGAAACAGAAUACUCCAGAGUACUAUUUGAGUGCGUAUCAGAGGGGCUUCCGGCUCCCACCAUUCGUUGGUUCAUGGAUAACAAAACACCAAACAACAGUGACGAUGAUGUUGAGCAAAACAGUACAAAUAUAAAUAACGUAACCGAACAAAAUGCAGACAACACUUACCAUGUGAAAAGCCAACUUCACUUGACCAUAGAUCGCAAAUUUGAUGGAUUGAACGUCUAUUGUACUGCAAACAAUACCGCACAGGUGUUCAUUUCAUCAAGGCGUCCCGUAAUUCGUGUCCAGUAUUCAAAAUUAUUCAUUGAAAAUCCUUUAAACUGCAGUGAACCUGCAUCUUUGAGAUGUGCAAGUUCGAUUGGAACUUCAUCAACCUGGAACUUUAAAUUGAACGGCAAAACACUUGUCAGUAGCAAUAACAUCGACUCAUCUACAACAUAUAAAUCAUCGAUAGAUAAUGAUGGGACUAUUACGCUCUUAGUCCUUAAUACAAGCGUUUACGAUCAAGGAAGCUACACCUGCCAAAUUUCUUCAUAUCCCGAGAGUCAACCCGUUAAACUAGAAUUUGAAUGUAGGCCUAAAUCGGUGAAAAUAAACACGAGAGAUGAUGCGACAAUACAGUUUGUAUUUGACAAUGUGUACCCGACACCAACAGAAGUAUUUGUUACAGUAUUCAGCCAGGAAUACGAAGAAUUUACAUGCGGGGGUGUUUCUUGCAAGCCAAACGAUAAAGGAUAUUACAAUUGCAUUUGGAACUCAAAUAGAUCUUUCAAAAAGGGAACGUAUACUUAUGUUUUCGAUAUAAAAUUCAUUACAAAGAAAGAUUGCUUUGUUGGAAACUUCACAAUAGAUGUAUACUCAACCAGUGAAAGCAUUACUUUGGAAAAAACAAAUAGGAGUCAUUACAACGGACCAGAUUUAAAUUUAACAUGCAUAUAUACCGGGAAUCGAACUGUAAAAACGGUAUCUUGGUAUCGUAACCACACUUUGGUAGGGGCUGUGUCUCCUAGUUGCGAAAUCCUGACGCGCCCCCACUUUGGUCGCUACCAGUUUGUAUGCCCGUCUCCUUUUGAAACAGUUUUAUCUGUUGAUCAAUUGAUUGUUAAUCGAACUUUAGACAGAUGGACGUGCCGAGUGGGUUUCGGUUUUGGUAAUGUUCUUGAAAGUAGACCUUUUGACCUACUUUUUGAAGGUCUAGCCACUGAAGGUUCCGAUCAACCCGGAAUCAAUUCUGAAAUGGGAAAGGUUGUUGGCGGAGUAAUUGGUGGAUUUGUAAGCGGAUUGCUUGUUGGUAUUGCAUCCAUAUUUUUGUCUAUCAACAUACGUCUAAGAAGGAAACGCAAUAUUGAAUCUGAUAAAGAGACAAAAGAUAUACCGAUGAAUGUUGCUGCUGCUCAUCAUCAGAAAGAUAUCGAGUUGAAUGCAACAAGAACGCUAACCCUCGAGGUUGAAAAUUACGGAAACGAUGUGUACGAGAAUUCGGACUCACUUGAACAGCCAAAACCGAAGUCACUGCCCUACGAAAAUGUGCAAGAACAAGAUACCAAAACUAAUACAAAUGAAGGUGUCGAGUUUUAUCAAAAUACCAAGGGUACACCAAGAUCUCAUCAGAUUGCUGGUGAGAUUCGAUCUUACGAAAGAUUGCAAGACGAUCUUAGGGGGAACCAAGAACAGUAUGAUGUCAUCCUGCAAUAUUAGAUGUCUCGCGUGUAAAAAUAUAAUGCUGGAAAAGGGUUCAUCUGACAAGGAACUAAUACAAUAAAAUGUCAAUGUCCAAUUGCUUGGAAUACAUCGUGGCAUUUCUUAUAUGAAAUGACGUCUCACUGACUGGUUAUUCACGAUUCUUAAAAAACACCAUCCUUAUACAUUUGUAUUACA